AUUUAGCUGAUUUAAUUUGUUUCUAUAGAAAUACAUUCUUUUUGCGUUUAAUUGUUAUACUUAAACCAAAUGGAUUUAAAGAAUUUUUUUGGCGACAUAGAUAUAGGAAAUAGUUCAAAUGUAGACAUUGUUUUAAAUCUAAUUAAAGAUAAUGAGGAUGAAAUCGAAAUGGACCUGGAGAAUCUUUUAAGCAAACAAUGCCAAAUAGAAUCCAAAAUGAGAGGUAUAACAAGAGCCAUGUUAAUGCUUAACGAUGUGAGCAAGGAUUCAAAUAAGUUAGAUGCUCAAAUAGUUCGGACAGCUGAACUAGCAGAAUCAGUAAGUGCUAAGGUAAGGCGUCUGGAUUUGGCACGAAGUCGUGUUUCUGAGUGUCAACAACGUGUGCACGAUCUCAUUGAUUUACAAUUAUGCAGUCAAGGUGUUAUGACUGCCAUUGCCGAUGAGGAUUUUGAAAUUGGUGCUGCUCAUAUAAACCGCUUUUUAGCAAUGGACUUACAACUUCUAAAAAGAACAGCAGACGAUGUCCAGGGCUCGGUAAGUUCUGUUAGCGAAGCUAUAACGACGUUAGAAACUGCCACGGCCGAGAUGCGCGAUUUAAUAGUUCGAAGAUUUAAUGAGGCUGUGAAGAACGACGAUUUGGCAUCGGUGGAAAGAUUUUUUAAAAUAUUUCCUCUUUUGGGACGUCAUCAGGAAGGCAUUGAAAAGUUUUCCAAUUACAUUUGUAUAAAAUUGUCAAUUAAAGCCCAAAAAGAACUGCGAAACUCAAUGGACAUUGCAAAAGCAGAAAAACGUUUACCAUUGGCAUUUGCGGAUACUUUGACAUCAUUGUUGGAAAAUUUUGCUAGAGUUAUCGAAGUGAAUCAGCCGAUUAUUGAAGCCUGCUAUGGUUCUGGCUAUUUGCUUGAUAUGUUACAGGUACUGCAACGUCAAUGUGAUACAGAUGUAAAAAACUUAUUGCUUGAAUUCAAUAAAAAUCGCAAAAUCGGACUUAGGACACAACAAGUGAACGAAGGAUGCUCUCGCAGUUCUACUAACAGCAACACCAGUUCGACGGUAACAUUAGGGCAUUAUCGAAAACCAUCGGGAGGAUCUAUUGAUAAGUUAAAUCCCAAAGAUAUUGAUGCGAUUAUUGCAGAGAUAACAGUCAUGCACUCUAGAGCUGAAUUAUAUUUUCGAUUUAUGAAAAGACGUGUUACGUCUGAUAUAGAAGCUAGUUCUUUAGAUAAAACAUUGCAGUACGAAAAAUUGGAUAAAAUGAAUCAAGUAUUAAAGCAGUCUGAUUUAAGUAGACAAAUGCAAGAAUUACUUGGAACAUAUCUAUUAUUUGAACGGUACUUUAUGGAGGAGAGUGUGAUCAAAGCCAUUGCUUUGGACACGUAUGAGAGCGGACAGUUGUGUUCUUUAAUGGUAGAUGAUGUAUUCUUUAUAUUAAGAAAGUCAAUAAGACGAUCAUUGUCCAGUCAAUCUGUUAAUGGAACAUGCGCUGUUAUAAAUAAUGCAGCAACAUGUUUAGAUAGUGACUUUGUCAAUGCUUUACGAGCGCCUUUAAAACUAGGCUAUCCCUCGGGAUAUAUUGAUUUGGCCCAAGCCUAUAAUGCUAUACAAAGCACAUUGCAACAGGGUAGAAUCCAAUCAAGUGACAUUGAAAAAUCCAGACUACAUUUCUUAGUGCAACUUAACAAUGCAGAUAUGUCUACGGAGUAUAUUGAAACCUUGUGGCAGACUAUGGAGCAAGAGAUAAAAGGAGCUUUUCCAGCCAUUACAAGUGUGGAGAAACAACUAAUUGAAAGUUGUCUUGCUGAACUUAAAACUGUUCGAGAUACUUUAAAGGCAUGUGUAGAUUUUGGCAUGCAACAAUUGCGUUCAAGCGCAAUCAAGCCACGUCUACACCCGUGGGUUGACCAGUUUCUUAAUUAUAAACAUCAUUUUACAGAGGAUGAACUGGCAUCAUAUGAGGCUGGCGAAACGUUUGUUCAAUUUUUGAUUGUACAGAUUGAUGGCCUUUUAAAUACAUUUAAGCAAAUGUUAACACCGCGCAACACGGACGCCCUAAUUAGUAUUGUGGCCACAGAACUAACAUUACGUUUGGAAAGAGCCAUCAAGAAGUGUACAUUUAAUCGUCUGGGAGGUUUGGUAUUAGAUCAGGAAGUACGAGUUUUAGGCUCUUAUUUGGCAAGUGCAACAUCGUGGUCAAUUCGUGACAAAAUGACCCGACUUACUCAAAUUGCUACCAUCUUGAACCUUGAAAAGGUAUCCGAACUAAAUGAUUACUGGAAUCCGGAAAACGGCUCCGAAUUGUCUUCGUGGCGUAUAACACCCAAUGAGGUUCGAACAAUACUGACGCUACGAACCGAUUUCCGUAUGGAGGACAUAAAGCGAAUUAGAUUCUAAUAUGACUACAAGAUACAAACCAAUGCCAAUGAACUGUAUAAAUUCGUUGUAUUCAUUAUUUCUUAAAUUAAUAUACCAUAUAUAUGUAUAAUUUUUAAGCACUUUUAUUCAUUGUUAGAUAUUUAAUAAUAACAAAAUAAAUAAAUAAAAAUAAAUAUUAAACGCGAA